UUUCAUUCUUCUUAGAUUUCACUUUCUGAAUUUGCAGGCAUAUUACUACAUUCUCUGCUCUGCAUUGAUUCUACACAGGAAAAUGAGGCCAGUUUGGGCUCUGAAAGUUUUAAUCGUCAUCGUUUUCACUUCGAUUCUCUUCCGUGGCGUCUGUGGUGCUAACCACACCGUUGGCGGUGCUUCCGGCUGGGAUCUCAAUGUCAAUAUGCACGACUGGUCUUCAACCACUACCUUCAAUGUCGGCGAUGAUCUUGUGUUUUCUUACACGCCGUUACACGAUGUGGUGGAAGUAAACCAACAAGGUUACGACACGUGUACGAUAGCAAACGCAAUAGGCACAUAUAACACCGGAGAAACAGUGAUCCAUCUGACCUCAGAAGGAACCCGUUACUUCGUCUGUGGGAGAAUGGGCCAUUGCCAAAUGGGCCUCAAACUCGAAGUCCGAAUUCCGAUCCAAUCCAACAACAACGGAACCGGUGAUAACCAAAACCAACCCGGCGGCGCUCGGAGAAAUCCACCUCCACCUCGUUCUCCACUUCGUUUUCCUCCACCACAUCAUCAGUCUCCUCCUAGUCCUCGAGAUGCACCUUCUGAUGCACCUACUGAAGAGCCUUGUGAUUGUUCCUCUGCUGGGGAGGGUCGUUGGGUCGUGUCAUUGAUUACACGAGUGACCGUCUUAGGUUUAAUCUUCUUCUCUUCUUUGUUCUUUGUCAAUUAGCAUCUCUUGGAUUUUGCUAAUGGGUUCAGCUAGCAACUAGCUAGCUCACACCACUAGAGAUUCUAUUUUACACAUGUGAGUUUCUUGUAUUUCUUCAUUCAUAACACUAUAUUGUUCUGUACAUAGAUAUAGAUUGUGAUUUGGGUUCAGUAAAUUUUUUUCAAAGUUAGUCAUGAUCUUGUGUUGCCAAUGUGAGAUUCUUUGCUACCUUGAAUUUGUUAACAAAGAAACUUGUUUAGUUCUAGUAAACUCUGAACACUUAAUGUGAGAAUUUGUUUGUAUACUCUUUGCUUCUUGUUUGUUCAAUUACACUUCUCAUGUUAUAGGUUCAUUGCUUUGUUUUGUUUGGGGGUGCAUUUUAGUUUUCCUCAUUUUUUUAAUUGAAAAUUGUUUAUUAUCUAUCUAUUCUUAUUCAAUAAUUUUAGUUAGACAAUAGAUGACACUUCUUAAAAGCUGCUUUGAUUUUUAUUCACCAUUUAAAAAACCGAUUUGUAAGUUAAAGAUUGACUCUACUCAUAUGAUAAUACUAUAUCUCAUGUGAUGUGAAACUCUUGUGGCUGACAUGUAAUUCAAAUAGUUUCAAUUUCAUCAUAUGAAUUUAUGACACGAGACAUUUACAUGUUCUUCACAUCGAUAAUAAUUUGAUUAUAGUUUCAUGUGUGAUUUUGUGUUUUGUGUCAGACGCUAAACACCCUUUAUCUGUAGUGGCAAUGUUACAUGAAUUUCGCCACAUACACUAAGCAUUAGGAGGAAAUGGCAAAUCUCUUUCAGCUUUAGUAGUGGUGUGUUUAAAUGCUGUCUCAAAAUUGCAAUAAUUUUGAAACUCAUGAGUUUUGUAUUGUUAGAGGGAAUGGGCACGGGGCAUGGCAUUAUUUCAACUUGCAGUACUUGUUUCCACUUUUCACUUUAUUUAUUCUAUGCUUUUAGGAGAAAUAGAGGGAAGUUAACUUUCUAUAUGGGCACAACAAAUAAUGAAACUUUCUGCUGUUGCAUCCAUUAGAAGUCAGAAUAUAGAAAUCUAUAUGAGGCAAUUUUGAAUGUUGUGUCUUGUAGCCAUUGCUUUAACUUGUCCCUCUUCCAUAACUUAAGGUCCACACAGCAUACUUGUGCCAUAAUUAACAACGUGCCCAAGCAUUUUGUGAGUUGUUUCCAUUAGUGGUUAAUAAGAAAAUAACUUGUCAUUGAUAAUGGCAAACAUUAUUGAGUUUUUUAUUAGAUCAUCUAGCUAGCACAUUGUUCUUAAUCAAUAUUUAGACAUCAUUAUUACCAUAAGCAACAGUUACGUAGACAACUGGUCUCAAUGAAACCUCCAACUUGACCCUUCUCUUUUGAUUGAUAAUAAGUUUUAUCUAGGCCACCAGAAGUUAGAGGUGCAUUUGCUUGCUUUAUGAGACUUAUCAUUAUGAUUUGCCACAUCUUAGUUGUUUUCUCCUUGUUAGAGCAUAAUGGAAAAGGGUGUAAGGUGGUUUUUUCUUAUUUGAUAUUUUGCAAUUGUUUUCUCCUUGUGGAUUUAUUCCAUUGAGUUUAUGUUAGUUUUGAACUGUCCUUCUUUGUAUAUAUCACAUAUCAUAUUAUUUGUUUGAAUAUGAUUACCUCGUGUACUAAUAUUUUAAUAUAUUCUCUUUUGGUGCUUCAAAAGAAAUUUAUUUAGGUAAUAUAUAUCUUUUUGGAAUUUAAAGAAAAUAUAAUUAGUUAUUGAACUAAAUACAUGGCUAUUUUGGAGGUAGCAGAACCCACAUGCAAAAGUAGAAAGAUUGGGCAGAAAUAGAAAUGUAAGGCCAAAUGCUUAUUAAAAAAAGGAAAUGGAAGGCCAACCUAUUUAUAAUAAAAGUGAUGAACUAAACUUUUCUAAUUGAAAUUAAAGGCAUUUUGCAGGCAGGAGACGGAAGAGGGGCCAUGUCUGUACUUUCAUAUAAAUGAAAAACUGUAACUAGCUGGUUCCACUAACAAUGUUCCAGUUUGACCAACAUAUUUUUGAAGCUUAAAAUUCAAUAUUGAAGUUUAGCUUUUUAAUUUAAUUUAGAAUAUUUUUUCAAAAAAAUAUUUAGUGUGUUUUUGUAGUUUGUUGAGCCUUUUUUUAAUGGCUAAUUAACUUAUAAGGGAGGAGUAAGAGAGAAAUCAAGAGCUUAGUAAAUGGAAUUUUUGCUCAAACAAGUUCAAAUUUAGAAAAAAAAAAAAAAACACAAGCUGUUUAUGGACCCCUCAAUGUUUGUGACACAAGUAUAAACAUGGGGCUCUUCUAUUUUAAUUUUCAGUGGCAUAUAAAAGCGAAACUCACUUUCCGACCAUAGGUUAUCAUGAUUAAAAUUAAGGCUUCAAGAUACAGCAACUCCUACUACUAGACUUCCAAAUCUAUAAUGAUCUUUAUAUAGAAAAGAUUCAUGAGCGAGUGUGUUUACUACUAAGUUUAUUACACUAACCUCAAUUUUGAUCCCUUAACUAAUUGUGACUUUAGAGAUUUGACUGGUAUGCAAGAUAUGUCAUCUUAUGGGGUAUAAAUUUUUUUUUUUGGGUUAAAUUGUGGUUAAAUAUGACCUCAAAAAAUAUAGUCAUGGAUAAAUUGUGAUUUAUUAGAGACCUUAUUUAUUUUAUCAUGGUUGAACAAGGGACAAUCUCCUCAAUUUCAAAAAAUUUGAGACGACUUUAAAUUAAGUCAACAUGCUUGUAUUAACUCAAGGUCACAUACUACAAUGCACAGCUGAUUCAAUUGACAUAUUAUUAGCACUGCUUCAAUUCAUCCUUAUCUAUUCACUUUAUCCAUUUUUCUCAUUUACCAAAAGAAAAUAAAAGCAUUAGCUUCUCUUCUAUGACUAUAGACAAAAAGUUGGUCCUGGUC